UUUAUUGCUUAAACAAACAGUAAUGUUUUUCCCUCCCCAUAAAAAAUGGAGAAAGAUGGUUUGAAAUUUAUUUGAAAAAAGAAAUGGUGGGUAUUUGCCACAUCAAGGAAACAGCAGUCCCCCAUUAAAAGAGAAAAGGAAAAGCGAAAGUUACUACUCACUGAUUUUUGCUGUUCUCCACACAGUUUGGCUGGAGGUUUUCUCUUUUCUAUUUUACCAUAUUUUCUCAUUUUCCUUUCUUGUUGCUUAUUUGCCCUGCUUUCUGUGAUCUCUCACUUAUUUUCUGAUCUAUAAGCUGGAAGCGAUCGAUCGGUAUUUACUCAGCUGUUGUUCUCUUUACCAUCUCGUCGUACCUUCCUCCAUCUUCCCUCUUUUUUCGUUUAUUGUUUUCUCCGUUUUUUCCCCUUCUCGAGUUUGUGCUCUAGGGUUCUGCUGAAGCUUUUAGCCGGCUGGAUUUCGAUAAGUGACGCAUUUAAGUAUUUAUUUGAAGAAAUCAAGUGCGUUUUUCUAUAAAACUUGGAUAAUUUUUCCCCUCCUUUUUCGUUUUUAAAAAUAUUCAUUAUAUAUAGUUUUUCUGGGGAUAACUGGCAAGUGGGAUCGAUUGUGUGUUACUGAAAAUGUGGAUUGUGCGUGGCUUGUAAUUGAGAGAGUCACUUACCGUUGUUGGUUAUAGAGUCGUUCACUAAGCCAGAGUUUUUAUUUGGGUUUAGAUUUUAAUCCAAUUCUACUUUCGUAAGUGUAAUCAAUUGAGUUGAAGCCAAUCGAAGAAAAAAGAUAGCUUUGAUGUGAGGACAAAUGGCACAGGAUAAAGUAAAGGGUCCAUCUUUUCAGUCUAUCAGGUCACUGCCUGCAGAUUUAGGGUCUGUUGGGGGUUACUCUAAGAAUGAUGGGAUCAUGUUAUCCGAUAAUGCAUCUGGAAAUGUUCUUUUACCGAGUGAUGUUAGUUUGGAUAGUGAUGAAUCACCGUAUCGUAAUUUGGGCAUGCCAGUAAAAGUUGGGGCUUCAUUGAGCAACAAUGGCGAUGAUGCAUAUGCUAUGAAUACUCCCAUCCAGUCGAUUAAACAGUCGCAUGCUGACUCUAAGUGGAGUGACACGACUCCAUACGCCUCAAAGAAGAAGCUUCAGUCAUGGUAUCAGCUUCCUGAUGGGAAAUGGGAGCUGGGGACUAUUCUUCAGACAUCUGGAAAUGAGGCACUGAUAUCUUUGGCUGAGGGAAAAGUUCUGAAAGUGAAUGCAAAGUUUCUGGUUCCUGCAAACCCUGAUAUACUUGAUGGUGUGGAUGAUCUUAUGCAAUUGAGUUACUUAAAUGAACCUUCAGUUUUAUACAAUCUCCAGUAUAGAUAUGAUCGCGAUAUGAUAUAUACCAAAGCAGGUCCUGUCCUGGUUGCCAUUAAUCCCUUUAAGAAAGUGCGCUUAUAUGGUAAUGAUUAUAUUGAUGCUUAUAAGCGCAAAUCUAUGGAGAGCCCACAUGUGUAUGCUAUCACUGAUACAGCUAUGCGUGAAAUGAUCCGAGAUGAAGUAAAUCAAUCCAUCAUCAUAAGUGGCGAAAGUGGAGCUGGGAAAACUGAGACAGCAAAAAUUGCAAUGCAAUAUUUGGCUGCUCUGGGAGGUGGUAGCGGGAUAGAAUAUGAAAUACUGAAGACAAAUCCAAUUCUGGAAGCCUUUGGUAAUGCCAAAACAUUACGAAAUGACAACUCAAGUCGCUUUGGAAAGUUGAUUGAAAUUCACUUCAGUGAAAUUGGAAAAAUAUCGGGCGCCAGGAUUCAAACUUUCUGUUCCAUGAUCAGUCCAGAGUUGUUCAAUGUACAGACGGAGAAAGAUCAUAUCAUAUCUUUUAUCAGCUCUGUGCUGGAGCUCCACCUGUCCUUAGAGUAUCCUGUCUUUUUUCUUGACCUGGUGCUUCUUGCACUUAGUUAUCCGAUAAGGAUGUUUUGUAAAGAUCUGCUAGAUCUUUCCAUGGUCAAUUAUGCAUUAAAGAAUGCAGACGAGUUCAAGUAUUUGAGCCAAAGUAACUGCUCUACGAUUUAUGGGGUUGAUGAUGCUGAACAGUUUCGUAUUGUCAUGGAAGCUUUAGGUAUUGUCCAUAUUAAAAAAGAAGACCAAGAAAGUGUUUUCGCGAUGUUAGCUGCUGUACUAUGGUUGGGAAAUGUUUCCUUUAUGGUGAUAGAUACUGAAAAUCAUGUUGAACCUGUGGAGGAUGAAGGUCUAAUCAACGUUGCUACACUGAUUGAGUGCAACAUUUGGGAGCUAAAGCUAGCUUUAUCAACUCGAAAAAUGAGAGUAGGAAAUGAUACAAUUGUGCAAAAGCUUACGCUAGCUCAGGCAAUUGAUACAAGGGAUGCUUUGGCAAAAUCAAUCUAUUCUUGUUUGUUUGACUGGCUAGUUGAACAAAUCAAUAAAUCACUAUCAGUAGGCAAAAGGCGCACUGGAAGAUCCAUUAGUAUUCUUGAUAUUUAUGGUUUUGAAUCAUUUGAGAGGAAUAGUUUUGAGCAAUUCUGCAUCAAUUAUGCCAAUGAAAGAUUACAACAACACUUCAACCGUCACUUGUUCAAAUUGGAGCAAGAGGAAUACAUUCAAGAUGGCAUUGAUUGGGCAAAAGUUGAUUUUGAAGACAAUCAAGAUUGUCUUAAUCUCUUUGAGAAGAAACCAUUAGGGUUGCAAUCCUUGCUGGAUGAGGAAUCAACUUUUCCAAAUGGCACAGAUUUGAGCUUUGCCAAUAAGCUCAGGCAACACCUGAACUCCAACCCCUGUUUUAGAGGAGAAAGAGAGAAAGCCUUUACUGUGUGCCAUUAUGCUGGAGAGGUUACCUAUGACACUACAGGGUUUUUAGAGAAGAAUCGGGAUUCACUUCAUUUAGAUUCGAUUCAACUUCUGUCUUCUUGCACAUGCCACCUUCCUCAGGCUUUUGCCUCCAGUAUGCUCACUCAAUCUGAGAAGCCUGUAGUAGGUGCAUUGUAUAAAUCUGGUGGAGCGGAUUCACAAAAAUUAAGUGUUACGACAAAGUUCAAGUAUAUGCAUUCUGCAGUGAACAUAGUCAUAGGUGCUACCUCUUCGAAGUCUGAAGAGGGCCAAUUAUUCCAAUUAAUGAAACGUCUUGAGAACACAACACCACAUUUCAUUCGCUGUAUAAAGCCCAACAACUUCCAGUCCCCUGGAAGCUACAGUCAAGAGCUGGUACUGCAACAGCUAAGGUGCUGUGGGGUGUUAGAAGUUGUCAGAAUAUCAAGAUCUGGUUUUCCGACAAGAAUGUCACAUCAGAAAUUUGCUAGAAGGUAUGGUUUUCUUCUAUUAGACCAUGUUUCAUCACAGGAACCACUCAGUGUAUCAGUAGCAAUUCUUCAUCAGUUUAACAUUCUGCCUGAGAUGUAUCAAGUUGGCUACACAAAACUGUUUUUUCGAGCAGGGCAGAUUGGAGUUCUUGAAGAUACAAGAAAUCGUACUCUUCACGGUAUCUUGCGCUUGCAAAGUGUCUUUAGGGGUCAUAAAGCUCGCUGUUAUCUGAAGGAGUUUAGGAGAGGCAUUGUGACUCUUCAGUCUUUUGUCCGUGGUGAAGAAACAAGAAAAGAGUAUGCAGCCUUAUUGCAGAGGCAUAGAGCUGCUAUAGAUAUCCAAAAACGCAUAAAAUCCAGGAUUUGCCAAAGAAAGUUCCAAAGAUUAAGCGACGCAUCUACUGUUAUACAAUCAGUUAUUCGUGGGUGGUUGGUCAGAAGGUGUUCGGGGGACAUAGGGUUGCUGCAAUUUGGUGGCAGAAAGGAAAACGAGCCCUUGGAGGUGCUCGUGAAAUCGUCCUUCUUAGCCGAACUCCAGCGUCGGGUCCUACGUGCCGAAGCCUCUCUUCGAGAAAAAGAAGAAGAAAACGACAUCCUCCGGCAGAGGGUUCAGCAGUACGAGGACCGCUGGUCCGAAUACGAGCUGAAGAUGAAGUCAAUGGAAGAGGUUUGGCAGAAGCAGAUGAUCUCCCUACAGUCGAGCCUUUCCAUUGCCAAAAAAUCCCUCGGCCUCGACGCAAACGGGUCCCCCCGCGAGUCGGACGCCAGCGACGGAGACGUGAUCGGGCGGCUGACGGAGGAGUUCGAGCAGCGGAGUCGGGUUUUUGGGGACGACGCGAGGUUCCUAGUCGAGGUGAAGUCUGGUCGGGCAAAGGCGGGUUUGGAUGCGGACGUGGAGUUCCGGAGGCUGAAGCAGAUGUUCGAGGCGUGGAAGAAGGAUUACGGGUCGAGGCUGAGGGAGACUAAGCUUAUUCUAAACAGGAUGGGAACUGAGGAAGGGGUGGGGUCGGGUGAUGGGGCUAAGAGGAAGUGGUGGGGAAGGAGGAAUAGUGCAAGGACCAACUGACUGAGGUUCCAACAUUUUUUUUUCCUUUCUGUUUUUUCGUGAUGAAAAUGGCUGUUAUAUAUAUAUAUAUUUUUUUUUU